AUGCCGCUGUCGCCACCGUCUCAGGGGGACUCCAGGGAGAUCAGCCCGCCCAGGGCCCCCAAAAAGCACAGCACCUUCCACAUCUGGCGAUCCAAGAAGAAGCAGCAACCUCCGCCUUCCGACUGUGGAGUGUUCAUUCCGCACCCACUCCCCGCUCCCCUAGAUGAGGCCAGAGCUUUGGAAGUAGCGGAUGGAAGCCUCGUUUCUCAAGAGUCCCAGGAAUUUGUAUUGCACUGUGGAGAGUCCCAAUUCUUUCAUAAUACCAGUGAGUCACUUCGUCCUGUAUCUACAGAGUCUGGAAUAUUUAAAAAGUCCAGAGCACAACCGCCAGAAGAGAACAAAAGAAAGCCAGUUUUGGGGAAAUUUGGCAAUCUGUUCACAGCGGGGAGGAGAAGGAAUGUCAGAAACGGGCUAGAGAAUCCCACCAGCUCAAAUGUCAAACCGGCUUCUUCCAAAAAUGUAACAUCUAAACACUCCGAGAAGGAGAAUGAGAAGAGUAAAUCCCAGAGCAACCAACCAACGCAAUCAGCUUCAUGCCCCACAUCUGAGCAGGAGGGUGAGCACUCCGAGAGCAGUAUCCAGGCAACCCCCCUGGACGCUGAGCAGUCACCUUGCCUGAGCAGUGGUGCACGGGACGCUGUGCAACAGUGCCAUGAAAGUGAUUCACCCCAAUUAGAACCUCUGGAGGCCGAGGGAGAGACUUUCCCAGAUGCCACCACCAAUGCCAAGCAGCUGCAUUCCUCGCCAGAGAAUUCCUCCAGGCAAGAGAACUCUGAGACGCUCGCCCGCAGUCCGGGGGAGGACUCUUCUCCAGGCGCUGGCUGUGAACAGGAGACAACCAGGGGUGUGAGGGGUGUGCCGGGGACGCCCACCAGGGAGCGGCCCCCUGGAGGACUAGGCGAAGACUUGGACCGGGGCCCUGAGGUGUGUGCUGAACAAGGCUCUUUGGAGCCCCCAGAGGACACCUCAGCCCCGCCAGGUGACCCUCCCACCAAGGACCAAGAGAAUAGGGCUGGCUCAGUGCAGGUAAACACCAAAGCUGGGCCAGGAGGACGCGCUUCCUCAGCCAAAGUGUUAACUUUGGACAUUUACUUGAGUAAGACUGAGGACGCCCAGGUAGACAAGCCGGUUGUGGUUGCUGCUGGCGCUGAAGAUUGCUGCGAUUCCGACGACAUGGAGAAGAGGUCGAGUGGUCGCAGGUCAGGGAGGCGGAGGAAAUCGCAGAAAUCCACCGACUCCCCCAGUGCAGAUGCGGCGCAGCCAGAGAGCACCACGAGGGACGACGCGGUGUUCGACGACGAGGUGGCGCCAGAUGCAGCCACUGAGCACGUCUCCGCCGAAAAGAAAGUGAAAUCUCCGCUGAGGAGCCCCGAUGGGGGAGUUGCCUCUGCUGGGAGCCCGGAGUCGAAGGCUAGCCCUGGCCCCAAAGGACAGACCCGAGGAGAGUCAGACCGGAGUAAGCAGCUGCCGCCCAGCUCAUCUCCCAUCAAGCGGAAAGGCCGGAGCCGCGUUCCCGAGGCCGUGUCCACCCCUCCUGCCAGUAACCUAAGGACUCCUGCCAAGGAGCCCCCGACCAAGAAGACGCCCGCGGCCGAUACGAGCCCGGCAGCCAAGGGCAUCGCGGGGGAGAACGGCGAGGAGGCGGCCCGGGUCAUCCCACGAGAACUCACGGUCAAAAGCAGCUCUCUACUUCAGGAGUUCAAACCAGAGCAUAAAAGGGGCCCGCUGCCCAACCACUUCGACGGCCGGGGAGAAGGAAGUCGAAGUAGAGAACUGGGCAGAUCCGCAGGAGGGGCUGAUGCUGAUUGCUUAAGGCCUAGGAACCAUUUCGGUGCAGGCAGAUCGACUGUGACCACUAAAGUGACUCUCCCUGCCAAGCCCAAACAUGUGGAACUAAAUCUUAAAAACUCCAAAAAUCUUGACAGCUUGGGAAAUGAGCAUAAUUCAUUUAGCCAGCCAGUUCACAAGGGAAACACUGCCACCAAAAUCUCCUUGUUUGAAAACAAACGGGCCAACAAUAGUCCACGACAUACUGAUGCUCGAGGCACCAAGAACAUUCCUCCCUCUAAUAAAACAUUUGUUGGGCGGGCAAAACUAAAUUUAGCCAAAAAAACCAAGGAAAUGGAGCAACCUGUAAAGAAAGUAAUGUCAACCAGUCACCAGAAUGGUGUGCUCCUGAAGGAAAGCCUCGUAGAAACCAAAGUUGCUGUCCCUGAAGAGGAUGCUGUGACUGGGAGUCCUGGUGUAAGAGGAACAGAAGGAGAUUCUACCAAGGAUCAAACUCUAGGUUCUCAGCUUAACCAAGGAGAUAAAGCAGAUGUGCAAACAGGUGCUGCCUGCCCUUCAGAACCAGUGGUUGCUGCUCUGGUUCCUGUCAAGGACCACAAGCUCUUAGGAGAGGAUCACUCGAAGGCUGCUGACAACAAAGGACUUGUACUUGGAAAUAUGACUGAUACAUCACAAGAUGUUCCUGUCAUCCUUGAUACCAAAGGUUCACCUCCAACAGCCAUAACAAAGCCACAGGAUACCUUUUCUGACUCACAGCCCUCUGAUGAGUUAUCUAAUGGGCCUUCUCUUUCACCAUCUGCACCCAUUCCUAUGGAUGUUCCCAAAGACGUUUGUGCUCAAGUUCCCUUAUGCAAUUUCCCAAGCACUGAUAUAAAAGGGUCAGAAAACCAUAAUGGCUGUGAUUUGCUUGUGUCUCAUCAGAAUAGUGAGAACAUGCCCCUCUCCAAACUUGCUGAAGGAAGAAGAGGAGAAGAAGUAAGCCCUCCUUUGUCCACAGAAGCUUUGGGAAAUGAGGGUCCCUCUAAGGUUCUUGUCCAGGUCAGAUCUUUCAUGCUCCCCAUGGAGAACACCCAGGAUGUAAAUUCCCAGAUAAUCUCGGAUCGUUCUGAAAUUAGAGAAGUGCAGUUGGCAAGUUUUCACAAUAAUGAAAUUGAAGUAGUUUCUGUUGCAAGUUGUGUUCCCCAUAAAGAGGAAGUUCUGGGCAAUAAGAGCACGUCACUCAAAAACACACAUUGCAAAGAGGAACAUGUAGCAAAUUCUGGCUCACAAGGCACACCGCUAGAGUCAGAGAAAGUUCUGUCUAUCCAGGGCCCAAGUCAGGGCAACAAAACAGCCGUGAUGGCUGAAUCCAGCCCUACCCACUUUUCUUACAGCAGAAAGAAUUUAGAAAUUCUGCAAAGGCCAGAUCAAAAUGUAGUGAAUGGUCAGGACUGCCCUGAUGGUCAUUUGAACAUUUCUGCUUGUAGUGAUGAUAGUGUAUUCGAUUCUUCUUCUGAUAUGGAAAAAUUCACGGAAAUUAUAAAAAAGAUGGACAGUUCAAUUUGUGUACCCCAAAAGAAAAAGAAGCCUAGAGUGCCAAACUCCCCUGCACCUCAUUUUGCCAUGCCACCUAUUCAUGAAGACAAUUUAGAAAAAGUCCUCGAUCCCAACUUGUUCACUGUUGGUUUGGGGAAGAAAAAGGAAAGUCAGCCAGAUAUUUCACCGGCUUUACAGCUGAUGCAGAACCUGGACACAAAAUCCAAACUGAGGCCCAAACGUGCAUCCACCGAACAGAGUGUCCUCUUCAAAUCCUUGAGCACCAACACUAAUGAGAAAAAGGAUCCCGUGGUGGCUCCAGAAAUAAACGAGAAAGAGAACAGAGACACCACGAACAGUGGAGUUAAGAGAUCUAGGCUGGAAAAGAGUGCGCUUUUUUCAAGCAUGUUAUCGUCUGCUCAACCACAAGACAAAAUCUUUUCUCCUUCUGUGACAUCAGUCAAAACCAUGACCACGUCUUUCUGCACUUCUCAGAACAGUUCUCUUUCUCGGUCUUCAGUGUUACAGCCCAGAACUGAGGGUGCCCCACCCUGUGGUUCAGACAAAGAGCCACCUAAUCCACCCAACAACUCCUUGAAGGUCUUCAAUUUCGACUCAUCAACUACAUCUCAUUCUGGUUUAAAAAGUCCAAGCUACAUGGACAAAUAUCUGCAAAAAGAGGAAGCCAAAAAAGAUCUGGAUUCACGAAGCAACCUAAACUUGCCAGAAACCAAAUUUUCUGAAUUUUCAAAACUAAAGAACGGCGAAGAUACUGAAAAAGCUAAUCACCUUGAAACUGUUCUUAAACCAAACCUGCCAAACUUUGCAAACAGUGACACAGACUUCAUGGGUCUUUUCAAAUCCAGCCGAUAUGACCCCAACAUUUCUUUGUCUGGAAUGUCAUUAUCAGAUACAACAACACUUAGAGGAAGUGUCCAAAAUAAAAUCAACCCCAGACCAGGGAAGCUAGUGAUAUAUAAGGAACCCGAGGCUUCUGAUGAUUGCCUAGAAGUUUUCAGUGAUGUCCAAGAUUGCAGCUCCUGGAGUCUCUCUCCUGUGAUUUUCAUCAAAGUCAUCAGAGGAUGCUGGAUUUUGUAUGAGAAACCAAACUUUGAAGGGCACUCCAUCCCUUUAGAGGAAGGAGAAUUGGAACUUUCUGCUCUCUGGGGUGUAGAAGAUAUUCUGGAAAAAAAUGAUGAAGAGUCUGCUGAGCCUGUGGUGAUUGGUUCAGUCAGACACGUGGUCCAGGAUUACAGGGUUAGUCAAAUUGACUUAUUUACUGAACCGGAAGGGUUAGGACUUCAAAAUUCCUACUUUGAUGAUACUGAAGAAAUGCAGGGAUUUGGUGUAAUGCAGAAAACUUGUUCCAUUAAAGUGCAUUGGGGCACAUGGCUGAUAUACGAAGACCCUGGAUUUCAGGGUGUUCCUUUCAUUCUUGAGCCUGGUGAAUACCCCGACUUAUCCUUCUGGGACACAGAAGAAGCAUACAUUGGAUCCAUGCGGCCUCUGAAAAUGGGUGGCCGUAAAGUUGAAUUCCCUACGGAUCCAAAGGUAGUUGUCUAUGAAAAGCCUUUCUUUGAAGGAAAGUGUAUGGAAUUAGAAACAGAAAUGUGCAGCUUUAUCAUGGAAGGAGGUGAAACAGAAGCAUCGACUGGAGAUGGUAGUUUGCCACUUACAUCAGUGGGGUCCAUGAAAGUUCUAAGAGGCAUUUGGGUUGCCUAUGAGAAGCCUGGAUUUAGAGGUCAUCAGUAUUUGCUAGAAGAAGGAGAAUACAAGGACUGGAAAGAUUGGGGAGGUUAUAACGGAGAACUUCAGUCUUUACGACCUAUAUUAGGUGAUUUUUCAAAUGCUCACAUGAUAAUGUAUAGUGAAAAAAACUUCAGCUCUAAAGGUUCCAGUAUUGAUGUAUUAGGAAUUGUUGCCAAUUUAAAGGAGACUGGGUAUGGUGUGAAGACACAGUCUAUUAACGUACUGAAUGGAGUAUGGGUAGCCUAUGAGAAUCCUGACUUUACAGGAGAACAGUAUAUUCUGGAUAAAGGCUUUUAUACCAGUUUUGAAGACUGGGGAGGCAAAAAUUGUAAGAUUUCUUCACUUCAGCCCAUAUGUUUGGAUUCAUUCACUGGCUCAAGGAAACGAAAUCAGAUUCACUUGUUUUCAGAACCACAGUUUCAAGGUUGCAGCCAAAGUUUUGAAGAAACAACAGAUCAUAUUGAUGAUUCAUUUUCUGCAAAGUCUUGUAGAGUUAUAGGAGGCAGCUGGGUUGCAUAUGAUGGAGAAGACUUCUCUGGUAAUCAGUACGUGUUGGAAGAAGGCCACUAUCCUUGUCUCUCUGCAAUGGGAUGUCCUCCUGGAGCACUUUUCAAGUCUCUUCGUUUUAUAGAUGCUGAAUUUUCAGAACCAACAAUUAUUCUUUUUGAAAGGGAAGACUUCAAAGGGAAAAAGAUUGAACUGAAUGCAGAAAUCAUUAAUCUCCGAUUCCUAGGAUUCAACACAAAGAUCCGCUCUGUCCAGGUUAUUGGUGGCAUAUGGGUUACGUAUGAGUAUGGCAAUUACAGGGGUCGUCAGUUUCUACUGUCACCAGCAGAAAUACCUAAUUGGUAUGAAUUCAGUGCCUGCCGCCAAAUAGGCUCUCUCAGACCUUUUGCUCAGAAACGAAUUUACUUCAGACUUCGAAACAAAGCCACAGGGUUAUUCAUGUCGACCAAUGGAAACUUAGAGGAUUUGAAGCUUCUUAGAAUACAGGUCAUGGAGGAUGUUGGUGCUGAUGAUCAGAUAUGGAUUUAUCAAGAAGGAUGCGUCAAAUGCAGGAUAGCAGAAGACUGCUGCCUGACCAUCGUGGGCAGCUUGGUCACAUCUGGCUCUAAGCUGGGCCUGGCCCUUGACCAGAAUGCCGAUAGCCAGUUCUGGAGCAUGAAGUCCGACGGCAGGAUCUAUAGCAAGAUGAAGCCAAAUUUAGUUUUAGAUAUCAAAGGGGGUACACAGUAUGAUCAAAAUCACAUUAUCCUCAACACUGUCAGCAAAGAGAAGUUUACGCAAGUGUGGGAAGCCAUGGUCCUAUAA